UGACAGACCAUGACCAAAGGGGAAGCACCGUACUGUAAAGAAGUCAAAACAAACAGUGGGAUGCCCAUAGAUUUACUGAUAUUUUAGCUUCAUAUUCCAGUGUCAGAUUUUAGAUGAAAGCCCAUCAUUGCAUGGACCAACAAGAAUGAAUGGGGAUGAUCCUCAUGUUAAUGAGCGACAAAGUAUACUGACCAGACUCCUAGAUGCAGUCAAACAGUGUCAAGUACGAUUUGGUGGCAGAACUGAAUUGGCAGCUGAUGCAGACAGCAGAGUUUCCUGUCUGUGUGCUGCCUGGGAGACUGGCCUGCAGCACGGAAUGCGACAAAGUAACAAGGCCAUCCUGGCCCUCAAACAGGUGACAGAGAUUACAGGCCUCAACAAGGUGACAGACAUGUUCAAUGACAUCACCAACAAGGAGUCUGAAGCAGUGUUCUGGCAGUACGUGAAGGAACACCUCACCAAACAUGAGCUUGAAAGAUUCCUGAAGCUUCAGAGCAUCAACACAGACUCUGGACGUGGGAGAGCAUGGCUUAGGGCCUCCCUGAACGAGCACUCCCUAGAGCGAUACACACAUAUGCUCCUGGAGAGUGAGGAACUUCUCAGUCAGUUUUAUGAGAGCUGGUCAUUUCUGCGGGACCAGGAGAGGAGCAGCAUGAUGCCAAUGAUGGCCGCAGGUUUAGGAUCUAUCCUAUUUGCCAUCAACAUAGAUAAUGCUGACUUGAACACUGUGAGGAAACCUACCACCAAUGUUAUCACAGUCCCCAAUGCUGUGGCCAAGUCUUCUCCUACGGCUGAUGAUGAGCCACGCCCUGUCAUCGCUGGUGAGGAAAGCCCCUCUGCUUCCUCAGAUGUACUGAAGAAGAAGGACAAAAAGAAGAAAAAGAAAAUGGCUAAUAUUGUAAGUUUUGAUGAAGAUGAUUCAGGGACAUACAGUGCUGCUUCCCAUCUGUCUGAAGUGGAUCAGUCUGACUACGGGGCAACAGUGGGCAGGAGAUCAUUCGAUACAAACAUUGACAGUGAACUUUCAAAGCAAACGCUGCCUUAUUUUAAGGCAUCAGCUAAUAGCACAUCUUCACAGAUGUCAUCACUUUACAGCCGUGAGCCAAGUGUUACAUCUGGGACCUCUAACGACCGACAGAACAGUCACAGCUCUUUCAGUUCAACUGACUUCGAGUUAAGCGACCCUGGAAACCUGAUACCCUUAACCUCAGCAGGCACUCCUUUUGAUCUUUCUUCAUCACCUGUAGUCUUGGAACACAACUUAAGUUCAUCAGUGGAUUCCUCUGAUGGCCAAAAGUAUGGGGGACAGGACGUAGCUUCAGCAGCUCGUGCCCUAGAUCUGGCUCAGCAGGGAACAGCACACAGCUACCGGACCCAAGGUGAUGGUGGUAACGUGGACGUUGUGGCAAAGAAAGAUGCCAUGUCUACAGAUGAACUUAAGCAGGCUGUGGUUUCCAUGAUGAUGAGGAAGGACGAGGUCGAGGAACAGAACAGGAAUCUACAGGAUACUCUACAGCUAGAGAUGGAGACCUCAUCCACACUACGGGCCGAUAUUGAGGAUAUGAAGAUAACCUCCCAAGCUAAACAAGAAAAGGAAGCUGCAAAAUAUCAAGCUCUACAGAAGGAGAAUGAACUACUAAAACAUCAGCUGAGGCGCUAUGUAAAUGCAGUACAGAUGCUGAGGGCUGAGGGCUCGCACAUUGAUGACAAUUUGGGUAUCCACUUAGAUGACCCUCAACCCAACAUACCACCAGCCAAGCCCAGUAUAGACUACAGUCAUGAAGCAUCCGAGUAUGAGAAGAAGUUGAUACAGGUGGCAGAGAUGCAUGGGGAACUGAUGGAAUUUAAUGAGAUGCUGCAUCGGCAACUCAACAACAAGGAUGCCAUGUUACGCCGUGUUCAGCGAGAACUAGUAGACCUUCGGGGACCGCUUCCUCACGACCUACAGCUGGCAGACGAGACAUUGAGUAUGGACAUGGACAGCCUUUCUCUGCACCUGAACACUCUAGUUAAUAUCUGGAUUCCCUCAGCUUUCCUCCAGGGAGCUUCCUCGGACCAGCAUCAUGUCUACCAGAUCUACUUAAGAAUCCAGGAUGAAGAAUGGAAUACAUACAAGAGAUUUAGCCAGUUUCAUCAGUUCCACAUCAAGUUAAAAAAGCAGUAUCCAGCUAUAAGUAGAUAUGAAUUCCCACCGAAAAAGACUAUUGGUAAAAAGGAAACCAAAGUAGUAGAGAAUAGACGGAAGGUGUUCCAGACAUAUCUACGGAAAGUCAUCAACCACCUCCUAGAGAAAGAGCCCACCCUAGCAGCUAACAUCAACAAAGAAAGACUAGCACAGACUCUACCCUUCUUCAGUGACAAACCACCAGAGAAGGAUGUAAAGAAGAAAGGGAUGAAGAAGUCCCAAUCCUCGGCUAGUAUUCAGGCCGCAUCAACAGGCCAGUCUCAGGCAGCCUCUGCCCAACCAGAGUACACAGGACUGUAGGCCUCCGACUGUCCGGUGACACUGGACCAUGCAGAUGUCCUCAGUUCAUACCUACCAGAGUACACAGGACUGUAGACAUCACACUGUACAAGGCAGCAUAAGGCCACAGAAGGGAUACAGUACGUCCUGUAGACCUCCGACUCUAUCAGGGACAGUCAUGUUAGGUUGAAGGUUAUACACAAUACAUUACGGGAAUUUCCUCACAAAUCAUUGUGGUCAUAUUACUUAGUUGCUGUUAUCCUGCAUAACAUUGUCCUCAAAUUUUGUGUUUGUUUCUGGUUAAAAGGGUACAAGAUUACUACACUUUUGUUUAAUUAUGGACCAAGUUUUAACCAUGCUAUAAAAUGUAUUUUAAAUAAGGUUUUGGCAUUAUUUUUCAUGAAGUUACAAGAUUUUAAUUAAAGAAAGUUGGAUUAAUAAAUUCUGAUCAUAUAUAAGAACACUGAAUUUAGAAUUAUAGAUUUUGAUACCCGUCAUGUUACAUCCCAGGCCAGUGCAUGUGUUGUGUUGUCUAUGGUAGGCAGUGUCCUGAUAUAUGUUCAUGAUGAAUACUUCAUUUGUGUGCUUGUGCCCAUAUCAUCAUGUUUUCAUUGCUGACAUUAUUGUCUAAUACAUGUAUACGUGUUCCUUUGAUGUUUUAUAGGUGCGAAGCCUUUAGAACACUCCCCCUCCCCCCAGUACCCGGUUUAUUUAUUUUAUGAAAUGGGAACAUUGUAUCUUAAUGUGUUAAAAGAUUUCUAAAAUGAAAUAAUGUAGCACAGAAAAAAGUAUUUUAUAGUAUAUACUAUCUGCGGGUAUGAGGUCAUGUCUAGGUAGACUUUAUUGGAGUCAGUUGGUUGUAUUGUAUCAUACAUUCACAAACAAAUAUACUUCACAAGAAAUUUUAAGUGAAUGCUUUUAUAUCUAAUGUACAUAUAUAAUUCAAUUGAACUAAAAUUAUUUCAGAACUUAUGUUUAUAGAAAAAUUUGAUAUGAAAGAAAUUAUUCAUGUAAAAUUUAAAAAUAGAUAUAAUCUUAAUCUUCAUCUAAUUAAAUAAGAAUUUUCAUGUUAAACUUCAGUUCAAAAUUCUACCUUAUUGAAAUUCUUAACAUUUUUAUAUAGUAUAGUAUAAAUACAGAUAAAUGCAUGAAUGCGGACCUGUAAGGGAGAGAUGUAUGGGUAUGUAUGGGUUGUGUAUUUUACAUGCAGGGCUAAUCACAUGUUAGUUGUGCUCUGACACUGUAAUCUCGGGCAUAAACCGUUCAGGCAAUAACAUUACAUCUUCUAGUCAGCUCUUUUUAAAGGGGUGGAAGAUUUCCUUCAAUAAAAGCGUUACGAUUGAAUGCAGUGCAAACAUAUUUAUAUCUGCCAAUCACUGUGUCCCAUCCUAUAUUCAUACUUGCCAAUCACUGUGUCCCAUCCUAUAUGUAUAUCUGCCAAUCACUGUGUCCCAUCAUAUAUACCUGCCAAUCACUGGGUCCCAUCCUAUAUGUAUAUCUGCCAAUCACUGUGUCCCAUCAUAUAUACCUGCCAAUCACUGGGUCCCAUCCUAUAUUUAUAUCUGCCAAUCACUGUGUCCCAUCCUAUAUUUAUAUCUCCCAAUCACUGUGUCCCAUCCUAUAUAUAUAUCUGCCAAUCACUGUGUCCCAUCCUAUAUGUAUAUCUGCCAAUCACUUUGUCUCAUUCUAUAUGUAUAUCUGCCAAUCACUGUGUCCCAUCCUAUAUGUAUAUCUCCCAAUCACUGUGUCCCAUCCUAUAUGUAUAUCUGCCAAUCACUUUGUCCCAUCCUAUAUGUAUAUCUCUCAAUCACUGUGUCCCAUCCUAUAUGUAUAUCUGCCAAUCGCUGGGUCCCAUCCUAUAUGUAUAUCUGCCAAUCGCUGGGUCCCAUCUUAUAUGUUUAUCUGCCAAUCACUGUGUCCCAUCCUAUAUGUAUAUCUGCCAAUCGCUGGGUCCCAUCCUAUAUGUAUAUCUGCCAAUCGCUGGGUCCCAUCCUAUAUGUAUAUCUGCCAAUCACUUUGUCCCAUCCUAUAUGUUUAUCUGCCAAUCACUGGGUCCCAUCCUAUAUGUAUAUCUACCAAUCACUGUGUCCCAUCCUAUAUGUAUAUCUGCCAAUCGCUGGGUCCCAUCCUAUAUGUAUAUCUGCCAAUCACUUUGCCCCGUAUAUACUUAAUGAACAUGAUGACUGGUGCUUAUUGCUACAUGUCUGUAUAUAAAUGUAUCCAUCAUAUGACUUAUUUUGCAUGAGAUUAUCAUUAUUAUUGCUAUGACUGUUCCAUAGAUUUGCAUGCAUCUGAAUAUUAUUGAACAUGUGUCUUGUAUGAUGCAAUGUGCCGUCAGACUCAAUUACCCCACCUCUCUUCUCAAUUAUAAUGUAGAAUAUACUGUAUACUGGGAAUAUUUUGCUGUGAUUUAACUUUUGCAUUUUCCAUCCUCCCCAAUGAGGGUGAAUUUAUAAUGACAGGGAGUAUUAGUACACACCAUACAAUAUGUGAUUAGUUCAUGUGAAAGGCGAAACUAACAUCAGGCGAACAUGGAUUUUAUCGUUAAACGGUGAAUAUUUGACUAGGGGAAAAUGUCCUGGUAUACAGUAUCACUGUAAGUUGAAUUUUAAUUUGUUACAUACAGGGUUCUGAUGUUUUAUCACAGAUUCAACAGAAACAAUUUCACAUGCUUAUUUAUUAUUUUUGUAUUAUUAUAAUAAAUAUUGAUGAUAUGGUACAAAUACUGUAAGCAUAUUUACUCUAUACUUAAGCUGGCACUGGAAUAAAUUAUCCCAUAUUAUCAAGAUAUAAUUAACUUGAUAUCAUAUAAACAAUACCAAUGUCUACAAGGGAUUUUUACUGUGUUUACCCAGAAAUAAACCCAUGUGUGGCAAUAAGCCCACACAUGUCUACUUCAAUGCAAACAAAUACCAUUUCAUUGUUCAGUGCAGUAAGUGCACUCCCUACUUUGAGUCAGAAAUUAUGUGUUGACACUCUGGGCUUUUUUAGGAUAAAUGUGGCAAUCAUGUGACAACCAAGCCCUAUUGUAGGAUAAAGGUGGUGAUUAUGU